UCAAAAAGUGCGUACUCUCACCGUCACCGUUUUUCGGUGAGGUGAGGAAACAGAGGAUCGGGACGCUCUAGCCUGAAGCCACUUACUGUAUGGCGAGCCACUGGUAGUAGCCCCGAGCCACGCUGCCCCGCUCCGGGCGCUACGGCCUGGAGGCUGGUCUACGCCCUCCUCUCCACUUCACACGGCACCGCCCCCACUGGCUUGAGGAUGCCCUGGGCUGAGCGCAGGGCCAGACAUGCCCCGGCGUCGGCCCAGCUCCUGUGCCCAGCAGAUGGCGCCCGAGGGGCUCCCCGGCGGUGGCGAUCGCAGACGGAGAGACCCGCUGCUGCCGAGGCUGCUGCUGCCCGAGCUCCGAGCAGCCUCUGGCGCGGGGGCCUCCGGGGGCUCCAGGGCUUCGGAGGGCGGCGCCGAGUGGUGGGAGGCCCCCGCGUGUGAGUCCUCGCCCUCGGAUCCCGGGGUGGGCGUCAGGCGCCCCCGGUCGCGCCUGCCCGUCCUGCCCACCGUGGCCCAGCGGGCGACCCGGAACCGACCAAGGCUGAGGUCGCUGCUGCUGCCGCCCAUGCUCUUGGCCGGCGAGCCCCGGGACCGGCGCCCCGGGCCUGGACAGUGCGAGGACCCCCGCAGGGGCUCGGCCAGGGAGAACCCCGACUCUUUGGGCGACCUCCUAGGAGAGUUCCUCCCCGGCCGGUCCCGGCAGUUCCUGCGCCAGCUCAGGGUUGAGUCUGCGAAGCAGCCGCGACCACCGAGUGAGGCCCCUACGGCCCCCACGGGGGGGCUGAGUCAUUUCCGGUGGGGGUCCCACCACCUGGCGUGCCAUGCAACCAGGAAGAGCCUGGUAAGGAUUGUCCCCAAGAGAAGACUCAGAACUAUUUCCACCUCCUCCUGGCUCCCAGCAUCCUCACCAUCACAACAUCAAAGGGGUGUGUCAGAACACUCUGGAAGUCCUCCGCAGUGUCCCCGCUACUCCUUCCUCCCAGACCUGGGAUGGAGCUCUGGCCUGGUGGAUGUGUGUUGUCAGGGUGGCAUGAGGGGCUGGGGCCUCAGGCCCUGGUCCUCCCCUGCCCUUCUCAUCUCUCUCACCAGGCCCCACACUACACAGGCCCCCAAGCUCAAGGCCGUGCUCACCCACAGCUCCUCGGGGGAAGGCUCAGGGCACUGCAGGCGGUGUUGCCCUUUCCGCGUGCAGUUUGCAGAUGAGACGCUACGGUACACAGCGCUCCGCUACUGGGAACGCAGCUGUGCAGUCCGGCAGGGCAUCCUCGAGAACAGGACAGCCAGCGGGUCAGCAGCAUCAGAGCAGGUGUUUGGGAGUGUCGGGAGAUGGCUGGAGAGUUUGCCCAAAGCCCUGUAUCCCAGGGCCAAGGAGGACACCACGGCCAACUCAUUCGGCUGGGACUCCCGUGGCCUGUCCACCCUGGAGCCGAAGGACCACCUCUCUGAGGACACCUCUCUGAACAGCAGCCUGCCCUUCAUCCCCAGGCCCACCACCUAGAGGCAGCGGAGCAGGGGCACCUCAAAACCUUUCUGGAGCAGGAGUCCUUCCUGCCCAGCUUGGUGUUGCGCACACGGUCCUGAAACAAGGCCGCCCUAAGGGGCACCAGCUUCCCCUGCCGUCAACGUCACGUCGCGCUCAGAGGUGAAUGGCUGCUGGUGCCCAAGCCCAGGUGUGGACACGGGGGAGGGGUGAGGAGAGGCCUUCCCCGACCCACAAAUAAACGCACAUCCCCGGUGGCUGGUAUCUGCUGUCAGGGCUCACCUUACAAACCUCUCCUAGUUGCUGGUCUUUGGGGGUCCUGGGCCAGGGGGAGGGCUGGGGCGGAGUCACAGCUGGGAUGAAGAUGGGGGGGCAAGGCAUC